UGAAGGGAAGAAAACUGUCCUCCACUGCAACGCCUGGAAAUGUGUUUGUCCCGUUGUUGGCUGUCUCUGAUCACCUGUAAGAUUAAAUCCAACAGGGUCUUUCUCUCCUUCUGCUUGACCUCCUUGUUGUCCAUGCACUGGCCAGAGGUGAUGAGCAGGAUGAGGAAACUACCACCCACAGGACGUUUGACUAAGACAUAUCCCACCGCUGUUCCAGAAACGAAAUGUCACAGAGGACAUACAACGAACUGUGGGCAGAGGCUCAGGUGGAGUUGAGUCGUCUGUUAGUUGAGGAGCUCCCUGCCGAACCUCUAAAGCCAGAAAAGGACCGAGUGGUUUUCUUCCAGAGACUGGCCACAUUGUACGUGCGCUAUCUGCAGAUUCUUAGACAACUAGAGAAGGUGUACGACCAGGCAGUGCACCCACAGAAAAGACGUCUUGUUCUGACUACCCUUGAGGCUGUGAUGGGCCGACUCUUAGAAUUGAAAAAUGAAAUGGUGGACAAAGAGUUAUGCGAGUACCACUACAUGGAUGAUGUCUUACAUGACCUGAAGCUCACACCUGCUGACCUUGAGAUUCCCAUCCCUUACUAUUUUUUGAGUGAACGCAAUGAAGACAACUUGGCGCGAAGGGCCAUGCUAACAAAUAUCCUAGAAAAGAUGGAGGCGACUGUGACGGAAAAACGUGUGACAAAGCCCAUGAGUCAAGAUGAGGCCAUCAGAAUCAUUCAAGUGGCAGAGAGGGCACGGCAAGGACGCUUACGAGCAGCCUUAAAUGAAGCUAGCAAAAGAUUGAGCAAGAUACCCAUGGCCGCGGCACCGCAACCCGCUGAUAUGGCCCGAGCCGCAGUCCGCAUCCAGAAGGUUUGGAGGGGUUACGUAGAGAGGAAGAAGACAAAGGCUGCUCGUAUUGAAGAUAUGAUUUUUCUCGGAAUGGCCCCACAUCCAAAAUACCAGUCGCCCAUCCAAGCCAAGAUCGAUGCUCACGCCACUGAAGAAGCCAUACGGAAUAAGCAGAAAGAACAUGAGGAUGAAUAUCAAAAGUCUGUGAUAGCAAUUGCAAGCCACCUGCUAGAGGUCGAAGGUCACGACAUAGCUGUCAACAUGAAAGAACAAAUCCGCCAGUGGUUUCUUGAAUGCCGUAAUCUAACAGGAGUAUUUCCAGAGUUUCCGGAUGAUGAUGAAGGUGGCUCAGCUAUUCUUUUUGCUGAAAAGGAUUAUCAACAGCUGCUGAAAGAAAUGGCUGAGGCUGAAGAUGAUGGCAAAAAUAAAAAAGAAAAGCAACCUGAGAAAAAAGAUGCAAAGAAAGCAAAGGGGAAAGAGGAAGAAGAAGAGGGCUUGGAGAUGUUACCUUCAAAUUUUUUGGCAGACUUGGAAUUAUGCAACAAGACCUUUGUUGAUUUCUGGGAAACCCGCACUGAGUCUCGAAAUUUCGACCAAAGGCAUGAGGUAGAGCUGAUCAAGGAGGAGAAGAGGGUGGACGUUCUGUCAGAGAUUCGAGUUAAGGUGGAUGAGGACAUGAGACAGGAACUGGCAGACUGGAGGCUUGCUGUGGAAAAAACACCAGCCAAAAUUUAUAAAAAGAAAAAACCGAAGCGCGACAAGAAAAAGAAAAAAGGGGAAAAAGAUUUGACAGUUAAUAGGACUCUUGAAUCUCUAUGUCAGGAGAUGGUGGAGGAGGGUUUAUUGAAGCAAUCAAAUCCUGUACGAAUGCAAGACUACCUGGGUGACUUCAAUUACCUUGGAACCACAUUGAGAAUGAACGACAUCGAACCCAUGCCCUCAAUGUCCGAUGUGCGGCAACUUUUAUCUCUCUAUGCGAUUUUACCUUUAGGCUCUCAAAUAGUCCAUGAAAAAGCCCCCCUUACAAAGGCCAUUCUACUAGCAGGACCAGUGGGGGUUGGUAAAAGGAUGUUGGUCAAUGCCAUCUGCACGGAGACUGGUGCCACCCUUUUUGACCUGUCUCCUGUCAAUAUCGCUGGGAAGUAUCCAGGCAAGAGUGGCCUCUCUAUGAUGCUCCAUUUAGUCUUCAAGGUCGCAAGGUUGUUGCAACCUUCAGUGAUAUGGAUAGAUGGCGCAGAGAAAAUGUUUUACAAGAAAAUUCCCAAGGAAGAAAGAGCGUUAGAACCUAAACGCUUGAAGAAAGAUUUGCCCAAAUCGCUCAAGCUGAUUAAAGAAGAGGAUCGUGUUCUCGUAAUAGGAACAAGUAAAGAUCCCACAACUGCAGAUAUCAAGUCGCUCUGUAAAAUGUACACAAAAGUAAUCUUGAUCCCAAGACCCGACUAUGGCUCAAGAUACGUUUUGUGGAAGCAACUGAUCCAGAAACACGGAGGCGAGAUAACCUCGGCAUUGGACCUUAGCUCCUUGUCCAAGAUUUCAGAUGGCUACACCGCAGGGAACAUGAUUCAGGCAAUCCAGCAAGUUAUUACCAAGAGACGACUUCUGCUGCAAGAAAAGAGGCCUUUGACUGCUGUUGAGUUUGUGGCCCCAUUGGCCAAGUUCACCCCAGUGUUUCAGGAUCAAGAAGAGGCCUUAAAAAAAUGGUAUGCAAAAACUCCCUUGGGAAAGAAGCGGAUUAAGGCUGCUCAAGAAAGAGAAGAGGCACUACAGGCUCAGCAAGCGAACAAAGGGAAAGGGAAAGGGAAAGGGAAAGAUGCACCGAAGAAAGGAAAGAAAUAAUGUUCACUAUCAGGAAAUCAAGGACGUAGGUUGCAUAGUGACGGUAGGGCCAAAACACUACCAAUUUUUCAGGAUGCUUGAAUUGUCCCCACCAACUUUUAAGCAAUCUUAUUUGCAUCGUACAAUGUAAUUUACACUCUAACUUAUAUAGGUAAUUUAGAUUCUUUCCAUAUGUUUUAUGGAUAGAAUUGACCCUACACCUAUGUAGUGAAUUAUUCUCAAUAUAUUCAGGCUCACAUUUACCCCUUUUUCUAGCUGAAUGUGCUGGUGAAUGGUAAAUGGUGUAUGGAGAGUACUGAUAUAGCGCAUUUAUCUACAUGGUUACCAUGCCCAAAGCGCUUUACAUUAGCACACAUUUACUUGUUCAACCACACAUUCACACACCAAUGGUGCUGCUGCCAUGCAAGGCGCUGCCAACCCACUGGGGGCAAAUUAGGGUUCAGUGCUUUUCCCAGGGGCAAUUCGACAGUGGGCAGUCGUAGCCGGGAAUCGAACCGCUGACCCUUCUGUCCCAGCACAACUCGCGCUAUCAACUAGCCGAAAGUAAGAUUGACAGACCUAUUUAUGGUCUAAAUAAUAAAUUUGCAAUGUGUUUUCUACUCUUAUCAUUCAUUGAACUGUGAGAAAUGUACUAAACUCUGAUGGAAACUAUAGAACCAACGAAACAUGAGAAAGAAGCUGCUUGGUGAGAGAGGUCCCAAACCCCAGUCUGUGUUUAACAGGAAAGUGUUUAUAGUCAAAAAAAAAAAAAAAACAACAACAACAAAAACAUGCUGCUGCUUUUCUUCCUGUAAAUGUCCUGGUUUAGAGGGAAAGAAGGCUAGAGCAUGUUGUGGCUUUACACUUUUGAAACCAAAUACCGAUUAGUGCAUUCAUCCAUUAAUUUAAAUAUAUUCAUUUAUUAUCUACCUUACUUAAAAAUAUUUUUUAUUUGAAGAUAAUGCAGACAUUAUUUUCAGAUAAGCAUACAUUAAUCAUAAUUGAGAUGAAAAGUUUCAUCCUUUAAAGAACUGAGAGUUAAUUGAGAUUUUUUUUUCUCCCAUAAUUGCUCAACCCACUGAUGCGCAUUGAGGAUGAAAAUAAUGGAGAAAAUGAAAGAGACAACCAAUCAAAGCAAUGUACAGUACUACUCUUGAGGUGAAGGACAAUGUAGGCUGACAUGUAGUUCCAUGUAUAGGUUAAGUAGUGUCUACCCAUUCAACCUCUCCAAAAAACAACCACUCUAAAUUUCCUUUAUAUGACGCAAGGGGAAAUUCCCCUAUUUUAAAAAAAUGACUAUCUCCCAUGAAAAUAAUAAUUUUAAUUUUUUUCAUUUUGACAGGAAACAUCAGCAUAUUCGUGGCAAAUGUAGCCCUGACCCCCGUUCACCUAAUCUGUUUGGCCUUAUUAAUGUCCACUCCCCAGCAAAAAGUGUACAUUCAGGUGAUGCUGUUAUAGCGUCUCUACCAAUGUUGAGACCAAACCUAUGCCUUUGCAGGAAAUGUGUUCAGACAUUCAUGAAUGUUAGUAUAAAUGUGUUUUUUUAAAAUAAAGUUUUACCACAAAAGGUAACACUAGUCUAGUUUGCAUAUUAAAGCCACAAGAGGGCAGCAAAACGCUGUCAACUGCAGUCUCCAAGCAUUUUGGCUGCACUAGAGAAGAUGGUCGCAUUGCAAAAUUCCACAAUUUCUUAUAAGUUAUAAACAUGAAUAACUU